AUGAGGAUUUACCUGCAUUACCUCGUGCUGCUAAGCUACACUUGUAUCAUCUCCACCUAUGGCCCCCCUCAGAGGGCUCAGAAAACAGGGGACAUCCUUCUGGGGGGUCUUUUCCCCAUUCAUUUUGGAGUUGCCUCAAAAGAUCAAGACCUGGCAGCCAGGCCAGAGUCAACGGAAUGUGUGAGAUAUAAUUUUCGUGGAUUUCGCUGGCUCCAGGCCAUGAUUUUUGCCAUAGAAGAAAUCAAUAACAGCAGCGUACUCCUGCCCAAUAUCACUUUGGGUUACCGCAUCUUUGACACUUGCAACACAGUAGCCAAAGCCUUGGAAGCCUCCCUCAGUUUUGUGGCUCAGAAUAAAAUAGACUCUCUGAACCUGGAUGAAUUCUGUAACUGUACUGGGAAUAUCCCAUCCACCAUAGCUGUGGUUGGAGCAUCAGGAUCUGCAGUCUCUACUGCUGUGGCGGACCUGGUUGGCCUCUUCUACAUCCCUCAGAUUAGCUAUGCUUCUUCUAGUCGUCUACUGAGCAACAAGAACCAGUACAAAUCCUUCAUGAGGACAAUUCCAACUGAUGAGCACCAGGCCACGGCCAUGGCCGCCAUUAUUGAGCACUUCCAGUGGAACUGGGUCAUCGCCAUUGCUUCAGAUGAUGAGUACGGACGCCCAGGGAUCGAGAAGUUUGAGAACGAGAUGUUACAGAGGGACAUUUGCAUCCACUUAAACGAGCUCAUCUCACAAUACUUGGAUGAAUCUGAGAUUCGUUCCCUUGCCGACCGGAUCCAGAACUCCACAGCUAAGGUUAUCGCUGUGUUUGCAAGCGGCCCAGACAUUGAACCACUCAUCAAAGAGAUGGUUAGGAGGAAUAUUACUGACCGGGUAUGGUUAGCAAGUGAGGCUUGGGCGAGCUCGAGCCUUGUUGCCAAGCCUGAGUACCUGGACGUAAUGGGGGGGACCAUUGGUUUUGCUCUCAGGGCAGGGUACAUACCAGGUUUCAAGGAGUUCUUGCAGCAGGUCCACCCAAAGAAGUCAACUCACAAUGAAUUUGUUCGGGAGUUCUGGGAGGAGACAUUUAAUUGUUACCUGGAGGACAGCCUUAGGAAUGAAGACAGUGAGAAUGGGAGUACUAGUUUCAGGCCCUUGUGUACUGGUGAAGAGGACAUUACCAGUGUAGAGACGCCUUACCUGGAUUACACUCACUUGCGGAUCUCAUACAAUGUUUAUGUGGCUGUUUAUGCCAUAGCUCAGGCUUUGCAAGACAUUCUCACCUGUACACCUGGUAAAGGACUUUUCGCAAACAACUCCUGUGCAGACAUUAAGAAAGUGGAAGCUUGGCAGGUUUUGAAGCAGCUGAGACAUCUGAAUUUCAAAAAUAGCAUGGGAGAAACAGUGCGCUUUGAUGAAGGCAGUGAACUUUCUGGAAACUAUACCAUUAUAAACUGGCACAGAUCACCAGAGGAUGGCUCAGUGUUGUUUGAAGAGGUUGGUUAUUACAGCAUGCAUGGCAAAAAAGGGGGAAGACUCUUCAUAGACAAGACUAAAAUACUGUGGAAUGGCUAUUUGACUGAGGUACCAUUUUCAAACUGCAGUGAGGACUGUGAACCAGGUACCAGAAAAGGUAUCAUUGAGGGCAUGCCUACCUGCUGCUUUGAAUGCACUGAGUGUUCAGAUGGAGAGUACAGUGAUCACAAAGAUGCCAGUGUUUGCACCAAGUGCCCCAAUAACUCCUGGUCCAAUGGGAACCACACAUCUUGCUUCCUUAAGGAGAUUGAGUUCCUGUCGUGGACAGAGCCAUUCGGUAUCGCUUUGACAUUGUUUGCAGUGCUGGGAGUCCUCAUGACGUCCUUUGUCAUGGGUGUUUUUGUAAAGUUCCGCAACACCCCGAUUGUCAAGGCCUCCAAUAGAGAACUGUCGUACCUCCUUUUGUUUUCUCUACUCUGUUGUUUCUCCAGCUCUCUGAUCUUCAUUGGCGAACCACAGGAUUGGACCUGUCGCCUACGGCAACCAGCGUUUGGAAUCAGCUUUGUCCUUUGCAUCUCAUGCAUCCUUGUCAAGACCAAUCGGGUUUUGCUGGUGUUUGAAGCAAAGAUGCCUACUAGUCUCCAUCGCAAGUGGUGGGGGCUGAACCUGCAGUUUUUGUUGGUGUUUCUCUUCACGUUCGUACAGGUCAUGAUCUGUGUGGUCUGGCUGUACAAUGCACCCCCAGCCAGUUACAGGAACUAUGACAUAGAUGAAAUCAUCUUCAUAACCUGUAACGAAGGUUCCAUGAUGGCUCUUGGGUUCCUUAUUGGUUACACCUGCCUACUGGCAGCUGUUUGUUUCUUCUUUGCCUUCAAGUCGCGUAAACUGCCUGAGAAUUUCACAGAGGCUAAAUUCAUCACCUUUAGCAUGCUCAUCUUCUUUAUAGUUUGGAUCUCCUUCAUCCCGGCCUACUUCAGCACCUAUGGGAAGUUUGUGUCGGCAGUGGAAGUCAUCGCUAUUCUUGCCUCCAGCUUCAGUCUACUGGCCUGCAUCUUCUUCAACAAAGUCUAUAUCAUUCUCUUCAAGCCCUCCAGGAAUACUAUCGAAGAGGUCCGCUGUAGCACGGCAGCUCAUGCUUUCAAAGCUGCAGCCAAAGCCACCCUCAGGCACAGCUCUGCCUCCCGAAAGAGGUCCAGCAGUGUGGGUGGGUCCUCAGCUUCCUCACCCUCCUCGUCAAUCAGCCUGAAGACCAAUGGAAAUGAGCCAGACUCUCCAUCUGGACAAAGGAGGAGCCACAGGCCAAGGGUGAGCUUUGGUAGUGGGACAGUCACUCUUUCCCUGAGUUUUGAGGAAGCCAGAAAGAACUCCAUGCAGCUGUGA